AUCUUGGUUCUUUUCAAGUUUUCUUGUCAUUCAUCCAUUGCGUUGUAUGUACAUGUGGUAGUGAACUAGUGACAGGUUAUUGCUGGCGUAGCGAUAGCGGGUGUUUCUUUUAUUUUCACUUGCAAUUAACCGAAUUUCCUGACCAUGGACACUACAAUGACUGGGAGUCAGAUAAGGAAAGCUUUUAUAGAUUUCUUUAUCAAUAAAGGACAUAAAUAUGUACACUCAUCAUCCACCAUACCUUUGGAUGACCCAACUCUGCUUUUUGCUAAUGCAGGAAUGAAUCAAUUUAAACCAAUAUUUUUGGGGACUGUUGAUCCAAACUCGGAUAUGUCCCAGUAUGUACGAGUUGUUAAUACUCAAAAAUGUAUAAGAGCUGGGGGCAAACAUAAUGACUUAGAUGAUGUUGGAAAGGAUGUGUACCAUCAUACAUUUUUUGAAAUGAUGGGUAACUGGUCAUUUGGAGAUUAUUUUAAAAAGGAAAUAUGUGCUUGGGCCUGGGAGCUCUUAACUGAAGUUUUUAAGUUAUCUGGGGAUAGAUUAUAUGUUACUUACUUUGGAGGUGAUGCUGCUUCUGGACUUGAACCUGAUUUGGAGUGCAAGGAAAUCUGGCUUAAACUUGGUUUGCCAGAAUCACACAUUCUACCUGGAAGUAUGAAAGAUAACUUUUGGGAAAUGGGUGAAACAGGUCCCUGUGGACCAUGUUCUGAAUUGCACUAUGAUAGGAUUGGCGGCCGAAAUGCUGCACAUCUUGUAAAUAUGGAUGAUCCCGAUGUGCUUGAGAUUUGGAAUUUGGUGUUCAUUCAGUUUAAUAGAGAAACUGAUGGUUCAUUAAAAUUACUGCCUAAAAAACACAUUGAUUGUGGAUUGGGUCUGGAAAGACUAGUCUCAGUUAUUCAAAAUAAAAGGGCCAAUUAUGAUACUGAUUUCUUUAUGCCCAUAUUUAAAGCGAUUGAAAAUGGCACAGGUGUAAGACCAUAUUCAGGAAAGGUGGGAUCUGAUGAUGUUGACGGAAUCGAUAUGGCAUACCGAGUGUUGGCUGAUCAUGCUAGAACAUUGACCAUUGCUCUAUCAGAUGGUGGAUGUCCCGACAAUACUGGCAGAGGAUAUGUCCUACGUAGAAUUUUAAGGAGAGCCGUACGUUACGCAUCCGAAAAAUUGAAUGCCAAACCUGGAUUCUUUGGGUCACUAGUGCACACGGUUGUCGAACUGUUGGGAGACGUAUUUCCAGAAAUUACUAAAGAUCCUUUGUCACUCAUUCAACUCAUCAAUGAAGAGGAAGUACAGUUCUUGAAAACUCUUUCGCGAGGACGUAGUUUGCUUAACAGAACUAUAGAAAAAUUAAAUGACAAAGUGAUCCCGGGGGAUGUGGCAUGGCGUCUUUAUGACACUUACGGUUUUCCAAUUGAUCUCACACAGUUAAUGUGCGAAGAGAAAGGCCUGACAAUAGAUAUGGAAGCCUAUGAAAAAGCUAAGAAAGAAUCUCAACUAAUUUCUCAAGGAAAGGUUUCAGGUCAAGAAGACUUAUUGGCUUUAGAUGUUUAUGCUUUAAGUCAUUUACAAGAGACAGGAAUAAGCCCCACAGACGAUUCGCCUAAAUAUAAUUAUGUACCAUCAACUACUGACAAAGAGGCAGAUUACAAAUUUGCUCCUUGCACUGGUACUAUUGUUGCCUUACGAAGAGACAAACAAUUCGUAAAUGAAGUUAAUUCGGGCCAAGAGUGUGGUAUUAUACUUGAUAAAACAAGUUUUUAUGCUGAACAGGGUGGACAAAUUUUCGAUGAGGGCUAUAUGGUUAAAACUGACGAUGAAAGUGUUGAAUUUGUGGUUAAAAAUGUACAAGUUAAGGGAGGGUAUGUGUUACAUACUGGCAAAGUUGAAGGGUCACUUAAAGUUGGUGAUACUGUAUCACUGCACAUUGAUACUGAAAGGCGAAGACUGGUAAUGAACAACCACACUGGUACUCAUGUACUUAAUAAUGUAUUAAGAAAAGUACUGGGUAAUGAUUCUGAUCAACGUGGAUCCCUUGUCAUGCCAGAUCGCCUUAGAUUUGAUUUUACAAACAAGGGACCAAUGUCUACAAAGCAAAUAAAAGAUGCAGAAGAUCAGAUCAAAGAAAUCAUAAAUCAAAACAAAACUGUUUAUGCUAAACAUACUAAAUUGUCUGAUGCUAAAAAAAUUAAGGGUCUGAGAGCUAUGUUUGAUGAACACUAUCCAGAUCCUGUCCGUGUUGUAUCUGUGGGAGUCCCUGUAGAGGAAUUAGAGAAGAACCCAGAGGGAGAAAAUGGCUUCGAAACAUCUGUCGAAUUCUGUGGUGGAUCUCAUUUGCAUCAAACAGGUCACAUUGGUGACUAUGUCAUUGUUAGUGAAGAGGGUAUCGCAAAAGGUAUACGACGAAUUGUAGCCCUAACUGGACCAGAGGCAAUGAAGGCCAUAAGUAAAUUAAGUACCUUAGAAAACGAAGUUAAUAAUAUUGCCAAUUAUAUUAAAGAUCAAAACGACAAUGUAAACCAGAAAGACAUUACUAAGAAGAUUGUAGACCUAACAAACGAUAUAUCUCAAGCACAGAUAUCUUACUGGAAAAAAGAAGAAUUAAGGACUAUGCUCAAGAACUUAAAGAAACAACUUGAUGAUAAGGAAAGAGCAGCAAAAGCUAUCACUGUUACUCAAGUCACCGAAAAAGCUAAAGAACUCUGUGAACAAAAUAAAGAAAGCAAAGUUAUUGUUACUGAGCUGAAAGCUUUCGGUAAUACUAAAGCGUUAGAUGGUGCUCUGAAACAAGUUAAGCAAAUUUGUCCAACUACCGCUGCUAUGUUCUUUUCCGUUGAUGACGAAACUAAGAAAAUAUUUUGUCUCGCUGCAGUACCUAAAAAUGCAAUUGAGAAAGGAUUGCUGGCUUCAGAAUGGAUUCAAUCUGUUGUUUCUGUUAUGAAUGGAAAAGGUGGGGGCAAAGCUGAAUCUGGCCAAGCUUCCGGAAACAAUCCAUCCGGUCUUAAUGAAGCCAUUAAAAUUGCUGAAGACUUUGCUAAUUUGAAAUUGGCUUAAAUUUUUAAUGAUGCCUUAUUAAGAAGAUUGAACUUACAUAAACAACACAGUUGCCUUUCAAAACCCAGUUAAACAUUUUGUUUGCUUGUUCGUCAUUUUAAUAGGUGCUAUAUUUGGUUGGUAUUUAUUUUCAUUUAUUAAAAGAAAAACCUAAUUAUAAAACACUUAGUGUUAGAUUGGGUAAUAUGAAUAUUAAAAGCUCACUUUAUUUAAUUGCAUUUAA